AUGCCAAAGAUUAAGACAAACCGAGUCAAGUACCCAGAAGGUUGGGAGUUGAUAGAGCCUACUCUUCGUGAGCUUGAUGCCAAGAUGAGAGAAGCUGAGAUGGAUGAACAUGAUGGCAAGAGAAAGUGUGAAGCUUUAUGGCCAAUCUUCAAACUCUCUCAUCAGAGGAGUCGCUAUGUUUAUGACCUUUAUUACCGUAGGGAGGAGAUCUCUAAAGAGCUCUAUGAGUUCUGCUUGGACCAGGGCUAUGCUGAUCGUAACCUCAUUGCCAAAUGGAAAAAGUCAGGAUAUGAACGUUUAUGCUGCUUGCGAUGCAUACAGCCAAGAGACCACAACUAUGGAACAACAUGUGUAUGUCGUGUUCCAAAACACUUGCGUGAAGAGAAAGUGGUUGAAUGCGUUCAUUGCGGUUGUCAAGGAUGCGCUAGUGGCGAUUAA